UACUAGAUGACAUUAUUGACAAUUUACAAGUCCUGACAUUUUGCUCUUCAAAUAGAAUAUCAAUUCUGUAGAAACAGACAGCCAAAAAUAAGUAAUGAAAUUUUGAGCGUUGAUUUUAAAUGAUUGAUAACUAAUUUCCAUUCCAAUUAUUAUCGUUUUUAUCCUUUUGAGUUUUAUUACAAUGGAUUCUACACGACAUCCUUCUAAUCCUCAAAGCAAUGUUUCUAAAUUCACUGGUUACGAUCCUGAUAAAUAUGCUAUUGACGAUGUAUCACUAACAGUGAAGACCAAUGAAAGUUUGACACCAGGAAGGCCUCCGGUGUUGACGCAACAAACAGUUGGAAAAUUCCUUCAACCAUUGACAAGGGCUUUAGUAGAAGUACCACCGAGGCCAACAAUAGACGAAUUACCAGAUGCUGUAAUAGAUAAAAUGGUCAAGAAGGACAAAGCUUUCUGGGUUGAUAAGCCUGGCUCGAACGCCUACACCUUACACGACGCGUAUUAUAACUAUGGCAUGACUACUGAAAAAGUCUUACCGCCGCACCAAGACGUGUUCCCCAGGUCAUAUCAGUAUGACUUGGACUGUGUUCAAGAUCGGCGUCUACAUGCAUGUGAUGAUUUCAAGCAGACUGGAAAACUUCUGAAUGAUGCACUAUGUCGUGAUUGCACGAAGGUGAACUUAUCGGAUGUCAUAUAUCCAGUAUCACCUCUGGAACAAACAUCGACUCAAAAACGAUGGCGAUACUAUCCAGAUGUAUCUGCUACUCUAUCUCCUCAAGAAAUAAGUGUUAUGAUGCAGGAGGUUGGUCGCCCGUUCCAGAACGAAGCAUGUAACUGGUAUUAUGAGCAUUAUAAACCAGUAAAAUAUCCUUGUAUUAUGAGAAAAUUCUCGAAAUAACCGAAACAUUACACAUUAUAGUAUUCAAUAUAAAAUCAUCGCGUUUUAUUUCUUAUUACAUUUGUUAUUAGAGUCAGAUUAUUAAUUUUAGAAU